GUCCCUGCGCUGCCCCCGCCGCGGGCGGCGCCACCCUCGGGCUCCUCCCGCCGCCCACCUGCCCCCGCCCCGCCGCCGCCGGCGAGGGUCGCGCGGCCGCGGCGCUCCGGGUCCCCCCCACCCCGGGCUCUCCCCCCACCCAGCCGCCGUCGGGCUCCCGCGCGUCCUGCUCGCGGCCCCCGCCGCUCCGAGGUGGCCCGGCGCGGCGCCUCCUCCAUGGAUGACCGGGGCCUGGCUGAGGAGGAGAAGGGGCUGUGCUGUCAGAAUCCCGACUGCAUGGACAAGGGGCGGGCAGCCAAGGUAUGCCACCACGUCGACUGCCAGCAGCUGCAUCGCCGGGGGCCCCUCAACCUCUGCGAGGCCUGUGACGGCAAGUUCCACUGCGCCAUGCAGUAUGACGGGCACGUCCGCUUCGACCUGCCACCCCGAGGCUCUGUCCUGGCCCGGAAUGUGUCCACCCGCUCAUGCCCACCGCGCACCAGCCCUGUGGUGGACUUGGAGGAGGAGGAGGAGGGCUCCACUGAUGGCAAAGGGGAUGGAAGGAGCACAGGCCUGAAACUCUCCAAGAAGAAAGCCAGGAGGAGACACACAGAUGACCCGAGCAAGGAGUGCUUCACCCUGAAAUUUGACCUGAACGUGGACAUCGAGACAGAGAUCGUCCCAGCCAUGAAGAAGAAGUCGCUGGGGGAGGUGCUGCUGCCCGUGUUUGAGAGGAAGGGCAUCACCCUGGGCAAGGUGGACAUCUACCUGGACCAGUCCAACACCCCCCUGUCCCUCACCUUUGAGGCCUACCGGUUCGGGGGACACUACCUGCGGGUCAAAGCCAAGCCCGGGAGUGAGGGCAAGGUGGAGCAGGGGGUGAAGGACUCCAAGUCUCUGAGCCUGCCGAUCCUGCGGCCCGCCGGGACAGGGCCCCUCGCCAUGGAGCGCGUGGACCCCCAGCGCAGGGAGAGCCUCGACAUCCUGGCCCCUGGCCGCCGCCGCAAGAACAUGUCGGAGUUCCUGGGGGAGGCGAGCAUCCCGGGGCAGGAGCCUCCCGUGCCCUCCAGCUGCUCCCUGCCCAGUGGCAGCAGUGGGGUCACCAGCAGCGUAGGCAGUGACAGCUGGAAGAACCGGGCGGCCAGCCGCUUCAGUGGCUUCUUCAGCUCUGGCCCCAGCACCAGCGCCUUUGGCCGGGAGGUGGACAAGAUGGAGCAGCUGGAGAGCAAGCUGCAUGCCUACAGCCUCUUCGGGCUGCCCAGGCUGCCCCGGAGACUGCGUUUUGACCAUGACUCCUGGGAGGGGGAGGAGGACGAGGAUGAGGAGGAUGAUGCCUGCCUGAGGCUGGAGGACAGCUGGCGGGAGCUCAUGGAUGGGCACGAGAAGCUGACCCGGCGGCAGUGCCACCAGCAGGAGGCGGUGUGGGAGCUUCUGCACACAGAGGCCUCCUACAUCAGGAAGCUGCGGGUGAUCACCAACCUGUUCCUGUGCUGCCUCCUGAACCUGCAAGAGUCGGGGCUGCUGUGCGAGGUGGAGGCGGAGCGCCUGUUCAGCAACAUCCCCGAGAUCGCGCGGCUGCACCGCGGGCUGUGGAGCAGCGUGAUGGCGCCGGUGCUGGAGAAGGCGCGGCGCACGCGGGCGCUGCUGCAGCCCGGGGACUUCCUCAAGGGCUUCAAGAUGUUCGGCUCCCUCUUCAAGCCCUACGUCCGGUACUGCGUGGAGGAGGAGGGCUGCAUGGAGUACAUGCGCGGCCUGCUGCGCGACAACGACCUCUUCCGGGCCUAUGUCACGUGGGCGGAGAAGCACCAGCAGUGCCAGCGGCUGAAGCUGAGCGACAUGUUGGCCAAGCCCCAUCAGCGGCUCACCAAGUACCCGCUGCUGCUCAAGUCGGUGCUGAGGAAGACGGACGAGCCGCGCGCCAAGGAGGCCGUCGGCACUAUGAUCGGCUCCGUGGAGCGCUUCAUCCACCACGUGAACGCGUGCCUGCGGCAGCGGCAAGAGCGGCAGCGGCUGGCGGCCGUGGUCAGCCGCAUCGACGCCUACGAGGCGGUGGAGGGCAGCAACGACGAGGUGGACAAGCUCCUGAAGGAGUUUCUGCAUCUGGACCUGACCGUGCCCAUCCCCGGGGCCCCCCCGGAAGAGACGCGGCAGCUGCUGCUGGAGGGGAGCCUGAGAAUGAAGGAGGGGAAGGAUGGCAAGAUGGACGUCUACUGCUUCCUCUUUACGGACCUCCUCCUGGUCACCAAGGCAGUGAAGAAGGCCGAGAGGACUAAAGUCAUCAGGCCCCCGCUGCUGGUGGACAAGAUCGUGUGUCGGGAGCUACGGGACGCCGGUUCCUUCCUCCUCAUCUACCUGAACGAGUUCCACAGCGCCGUGGGGGCCUACACGUUCCAGGCCAGCGGCCAGGCCUUGUGCCGGGGCUGGGUAGAUGCCAUUUACAACGCUCAGAACCAGCUGCAGCAGCUGCGUGUGCAGGAGCACCCAGGCAGCCAGCAACAGUUGCAGAGCCUGGAAGAGGAGGACAAUGAGCAGGAGGAGGAAGAGGACGAGGAGGACGAGGAGGAAGACAGGGAAAGUAGUACUUCUGCUGCCAGCUCGCCCACCAUCCUGCGCAAAAGCACUGACAGCCUUGACUCCCAGCACUGUGCCUCGGACGGCUCCACAGAGACCCUGGCCGUGGUGGUGGUGGAGCCUGGGGAGACUCUGUCCUCACCCGAGUUCGAGGGCGGCCCCUUCAGCUCCCCAUCAGACGAGACCUCCCUGAGCACCACUGCCUCAUCCAUCACGCCCACCAGCGAGCUGCUGCCCCUGGGCCCGGCGGAUGGCCGCUCCUGCUCCAUGGACUCUGCCUACGGCACCCUCUCCCCCACCUCCCUGCAAGACUUCGUGGCCCCAGCCCCUGCGGUGGAGCCGGUGCCCCAGCCCCCAGAGUUGCCACAAGCCCCCUCACCCCCACCCUCACCCCGCCUCCGCCGCCGCACCCCCGUCCAGCUGCUGCCUCGCCCACCUCACCUGCUCAAGUCCAAGUCUGAGGCCAGCCUCCUCCAGCUGCUCUCAGGGGCUGCCACCCGUGGGGCACCCCCAGCCCCCAGCCGCAGCCGAUCGGAGCUCUGCCUGGCCACCUCACCCCCUGGUGCUAGGACUCGGGGAUCCCCUCAGGAAGCUGGGUGUAGCUGGGAUUGCAGGAGUGCCCCAAGCCCUAGCAAUGGCCCUGAGCUGUCAGAGCUGGAGGAUGGAGCCAGCUGCCCAGCCUGGGCGCCUCCAGGCCCCGCCAGGAGAAGGUGCAGGGCGCUGCCCCCAGGGACCUCACCCGGGGUCCAGCCCGAGCACCCCCCUGGGAUCUCUGCCCAGCACAGGAAACUGACCCUGGCCCAGCUCUACCGAAUCAGAACCACGCUGCUGCUGAACUCCACGCUCACUGCCUCGGAGGUCUGAGCAGAAGGAGGCCCCCAAGGGUGCCACUGACCAAGGGACAGCAGACAGCAUGUGCCUCCUGGGGGUGGCCAGGAUCCCCACCUGCCACCCUGGGGCCCGAUUUGCACUUUGUCGGACUGGACGGAAGGAUGGA